CUUGUCAUGGUGUCCAUCAGCAGCAGUUACUAUGGUAAUGUUGCUGGGCUCUGUGGCAACUACAAUGGCAACAUAGAGGAUGAGCUAACAACCCCCAGAGGCAACACAGCUGUUAAUGUGACAGACUGGGCAGGGUCAUGGAGCAUCGAAGACUACGACCCAUUCUGUUACCAUUACUGUGAGGGCAACUGUCCUAAGUGCUCCGAGGAGGACCGCAUAAGGUACACUGGUCCAGGGUACUGUGGGAUUCUGAGCGAUAAGAAGGGGCCUUUCUCUGGUUGUCAUGCUAGCGUGCCAGCAGCAGAGUUUGUGUCACACUGUUUGUAUGAUGUCUGCAUCAAUGAAGGACGGCAAGAAGUAUUGUGUGAUGCCCUGAGCAGCUACCUGGCAGAAUGCCAGGAAGCUGGAGCAUCAGUGUUGCCAUGGAGACAUCUGACCAACUGCUCUUUUGCAUGUCCAGCCCAUAGCCACUACAAGGUGUGUGGCUCGGCCUGUCCAGACAGCUGUGGUCCUAAGCCAGAGGUGUGCCCUAAGGUCUGUGUGGAAGGCUGCUUCUGUGAUCCAGGAUAUGUGAACAGUGGACAAGAGUGUGUUAUCAAGGAGAAGGGCUGUGGCUGUAACCAUAAUGGUCGGUAUUACCUGCCAGGUGAGACGUUCUGGUCCAACUUACUGUGUACAGAGAAGUGUGUGUGUGAUGCAGCGACACAAAAUGUGCAAUGUGAGCAGACCGGGUGUCGAACUGGAGAGCAAUGCAGUGUUGUGGACGGAGUCCAAGACUGUUACCCAGUCAGCUUUAAGACUUGCACUGCAUAUGGAGAUCCACACUUCCGCUCCUUCGAUGGACGCAAUUUUGACUUCCAGGGCAACUGUGUCUACAGACUAGCCAGCGUGUGUGGAGAUACUACAGGUCUGAAGCACUUUGAGGUAAACCUUGAGAAUAACAACCGUGGCAACAAAAGAGUGUCAUACACUAAAGUGGUGACUGUUAAAGUAUAUGGCAACACAUAUAUACUUUCCGUGUACAACCCAGGCAGAGUGCUGGUUAACGGGCUCCAAAACCUCCUGCCAUUCUCCAAUUCAACCAACGAAUCAGUGGUCAACAUUUAUCGGAAACACAGACUGGCUGUCCUUGAGACAACCUUUAUUAAGGUCUCCUUUGACUUUGCGAGUGCAGUUUGGGUGGAUCUGGCAACUAGUUAUCAAAAUGCAACCUGCGGCCUGUGUGGAAACUUUAAUGAUGACCCGGCUGAUGACCUGAUGUUGCCCAAUGGGAAACUGGCUUCCAGCACCAAUGAGUUUGGAGUAAGCUACUGGCUGGCGGAUGUGGAGGGCUGCUCCCAUGAUUGUAAAGACUGUCCUCCGCCGUUCCCCCCUGGCUUCGAGCCACCCAGCUACACAUCAGUCUGUGAUAUCAUAACAGCAAAGGAUGGACCCCUGGCUGACUGUGUAGGCCGUGUAGAUUCCAAGCAGUACCACGAUGACUGUGUCUAUGACAUGAUACAUAAUAACGGCAAACAGGAAUUAGCCUGUAACAUCAUCAGUGUUUAUGUGGAAGAGUGUCAGAGGAAAGGAGGCUGUGUGAGGUCAUGGAGGACGAGGCGCUUCUGCUGGAUGCAGUGUCCAGUCAACAGUAUGUACACAGUCACAGCUUCUGGCUGCCCCAUCACCUGCACCACUCCAUCUGCACCUGUUGAGUGUAAAGCCCCGCCCAGUGAAGGCUGUGUGUGCAACCCUGGUUACCUGCUGAGUCAGGAUCGCUGUGUGCCACUGGCUCAGUGUGGAUGCCAGUACAAAGGUCAGUACUUCAUGUCUGGUGAGGAGUUCUACGCUGACUCGGACUGCCAGCAGCACUGUGUGUGUCAUGGAGGGGUGGUGCACUGCAAGGACAAGCCCUGUGAAAGAGGGCAAAGCUGUGGAGUGCAGGAAGGAGUGAGGGGUUGCUAUGCUAGCCUCAAAAAAGAAUAGAACAGGGACAAACACAUGUAGAACUUCAUCUUCUCUUAAUUAAAUCUAUUUUAAGAAAAUAUACUCAGCAAUACUGUGUUUAUACUGUAAACUUAUAAUUGUUGAUUCUUCUGCAGUAAAAUUCCAACUGUACUCAGGUGCUGAAGGCUACAGAAAAUCGAAAAUCUAGUUUCACAAUUAAAGAUAUAGUUGAAAUGUCAAAAAUCUGAUCUUAAAAGCCUUCUCCUAUUUAAAUGUGUAAUCAAUCAAUCAAGCAAUCAAUCAAUCAUCACAUCAAUUUUUGUUCCUUUUGAGAAACUGCCUACAAAAUGUUUUUAAUGUAGUUACAGUUAAUUCUAAGAUGAUGUAUUCUGAAUGUUGUGUGUUACUGCUGUUACAACUAAAACCAUUUUGUUAAUGUACUCUCAGUUACCUAUUUAUUAGGUACACCGAGCUAAUAAUGACAAGCUAAAACUAAUGCAGUCUAAUACAACAAUCCUGCAAUAAAUCCUCUCUCUUGAUUGGAACUUUUUUGGAGAGAUGUUAAUUCAACUGUAUGGUCAUUUUAGAGACUGCAGUGUGUGUGAUGCCAUUGAAUUGUCCUGCAUUAUACUGACUGAUUGAUUAUAUAUCAAUGAGAGGAGGCUAAAUAAUACAAACACCCCUUGAUAUAAUACAAUUCAACAGCAGCACAAACUGCAGCCUCCAAAAUGAUCGUGAAUUUCAUUAACACACCUCUCUGACUUUGUAACCUUUCUAAAGGAGGAUUAUUUGGCACUAAGUGGAUAGUAUGCAACAAUGAUCAUUUUCUCAUGUCACUGCAUGGUAGAAUCCCCUGAUGAUUGCAAAACAAAUGAAGACUACUUUGUUGUAACUGUGGAGGAUUACAGUAUGCUGUGUUUGUAAGCCACUUUCUUUAGUCUAUUCCUUCCACAUAUCCAAAAGCAUUUCUAAUCAUUAAAAAUAUUUCAGCAACGUC